AUGUGGAAAGCGGCUGUCUGCCUGGUCUUCGGCCAACAAGUACUUGCUUCUUCUGCAGUACCCGUGGUCUCUCUCGAGGGCUAUGGCUCGUUCCAGGGACUGUCGGUGAACACUUCACUGACAAACGAUACACUGCCUGCGGCAGUUGAUGCAUGGUUGGGCAUUGAUUACGCUGUACAGCCAGUGGGAGAGCGCAGGUUUCGUCCGGUCCAAGAUCGUCCAGCGGCUUUCAAUGGCACCCGAGCGGCAUCGUCGUGGGGCAAGGUCUGUGUACAGGACCCGAGCACGAUGCCAUACGAGCAGGACGAGGCUUGCUUGAGUUUCAAUGUGUUCCGCACAGCAGGCGUAUCGCUCGAUGAAAAACUCCCUACCCUCGUUUGGAUCCAUGGAGGCGGCUUUGUAGCUGGGUCGGCGCGUAGUCCCGAUGGUGCAUCGUUCGUGGCUUCGUCGCAGCAUCCAAUUGCCGCUGUCACGUUCAACUAUCGCAUCAACUCGCUAGGGUUCUUACCAUCGACACUAUUCGAGAAGGAGGGCCUGCUGAAUCUGGGUCUCCUAGAUCAGCGCUUUUUGUUGGAGUUCUUGCAGGAUCACCUGGCUUCAUUCGGCGGUGACCCGGACCAAAUCACACUUGGCGGACGCUCAGCAGGAGGACAUUCAACCGGUAUCCACUACUUCCACAACUACGGCAACGACACUGGCAAACCGCUGUUCGCUCGUGUCAUCCUCCAGUCGGGAUCUGUCACGGCGCGCGCGUUCCCGAAUGCGACCUUCCCACAGUAUCAGUCAGACUUCAAGCGUUUCAUGGUGGCGCUCAACUGCUCGACAAAUGCCACCAAUACUGCGGCGCUCAGAUGCCUCCGAUCUGCGCCAAUCGAUACCAUCCAAGCAAUCAGUGCUAAGAUGUAUGCUGAUGGAGCUCCAACCAUCGCGUGGCCAUUCCAACCGACCCUAGGCGGUCCUCUGUUGGAACGUCCUGGUUCAGUGUCGGGUAUCGAGGGCACAUUCUUCCGCGUUCCAGCCAUAACAUCCCACGUCAACAACGAGGGCAAGUACUACACCCCAGGAGACCUGGAGACAAACGACGACUUCCUCAACUUCAUGCUGACCACCAGUCCGGACAUGAACAUGACAGACAUCGCCAUCAUGAACGAGCUUUAUCCAGACCCCGUGGCGCAUUCAGAUUCGCCGUACAGCAGCUCGCCAAAUAGCACGCAGUACAACCGACUCUCGGAAGCUUGGUCGGAUUACGCCUACAUCUGUCCGAGCCGGGAAACGGCGUAUAGAGUAUCCAAGGCAGACGUUCCAAUCUGGCGUCUGCACUUCAACACCCCAGACACACCGCUGGAGUACGUGUCUUGGCGUGGGAUACCGCACGCUUCCGACACGCGGUACACGUGGGCAUCGCAGCAGGUGCCUUUCGAGCUUACUGGCCAGAUCUACCACGCAUAUCUUGCCAGCUUCGUCGCGACUGGAGAUCCGAAUACACUGCGCCUCGAUGGCACUCCGGAAUGGCCUCAGUAUGACGGCAGUAAGGGUGCCGAGGCUGAGCAGCUCUUGGUGAAUCCAGGCAACUUCACGGUUGUCGAGAGGGACUCAUAUCGCAGAGCCCAGUGCGACUUCUGGAACGAUGAGGAGCGUGCCGUGCGGCUGCACAAGUAG